AAAAGCUGCUACAGACCCAGGCGAAGUAUAGUUGGUGUCUUGACUUUGUCGAAUGUCAAGGGGUGAGCAGAAAUGAAAAGUCUUUGUUCCAGCAUGAUGCUGGUGAUGAUAUUUUAUUUCAUAUUCAUGUACCAGUUCGGGAUAAGUUUCGGCGUCAUGCGAGACGGAAAUAUUGUCUCCCAUAACAGCAGAGGUCAGAACCCAACGAGAAUGAUAUCCAGGCAUAACAAUCAGUAUUUUCCAGCCAAAUCUGAUCCACUUCUAAAUGACUUAGACGAUGAGGACGAAUUUGGUAUUUCCAAACGGCAACCGCAACAGGACGACUACGGGCACCUUCGAUUCGGCAAACGAGACCAACAGUUCGACGACUACGGACAUAUGAGGUUCGGACGCAAUGGGAACGAGUGACGUGCGACCGUUCAAUAGAACAAUACAUUUACAACCAUAAAGAUAACUGUGUUUCAAUUCAGCAAUAUAGAUCAU